UUUGCGGCCUCAGCUGUCAAUCACUGGGUCCCGGACGGUGAUUCCCUGCCAGCACCCGGCAAUUUCCGAGGAUUUCCGAUGGGGGAGAGACCUAUAUGUAAACAAUCAUCUCUUGCACACUGCCUUGUAUGGCUCUGCAUAGCAAAGCCAUACAAAGCAACACAUAGCCCACAUAGUAAAACAGCACACAGCACACAGUUAACCCUUUGAUUGCCCCACAUGUUAAACCCUUUACUGCCCAGUGCCAUUAGUACAGUGUCAGUGCUUUUUAUUAGCACUGAUCACUGUAUUGGUGUCACUGGGAUGUCAGUGACAUCAAGUCAGUUCCCCCCCAGUGUCAGAAUGCCCGCCGCAGUCCCGCUAUAAGUUGCUGA